AGAGAGAGAGACAAUUGGUUCUUUGGAAAGAUACAUGUAAUGGAAUGCCUCUGUCAUGCACUAGAGAUAAGAAAAAAGGAAGAAUUCAUUCCAUCUGUUUCCGCACCCAAAGUUCCUUUUCCUCUGUGCCCAAGGCCAGUAUAUCUCUGAGCAUCCAUGGGAGCACUUCCUGAAAGAGGCAUAAUAUAUCCAGUCUGUAGUUGACUCCUCCGUACUUAUGAGAAGCAAAAGUUAAGAAGAAUCGAGAAAGAGAGACAUUGAUCUUGGAACUGUGAAGGUGAUCUGUGCUUUCUGGCGUGGCAGUCUAUGCUAAGCACUAUUAUCCAGCAAAGGAAAAGACAUGCAGGAUGAAGAUGGAUAUAUCACGUUAAAUUUUAAAUCAAGAACAUCAGCUAUAACUUCAGGACUUCCAGUUGAACCCAGUGUUUCUCCUCUGUGGCGUCCAAUGGCUCUAACGCUGCUGUUCCUGUGCCUAGGGAUGGCAGCUGGUCUGGUGACUCUAGGAAUAAUGUCCCCCCCAGUCUUCAAACAACAAGAUUACCUUCCUACCCAGGAUAGAAAUCUCUCAGAGAUUCUCCAGAAAGUAGCAAAAAACAUCUGUCAAGAGCUUAUUCAAAAGCCUGUGGGUCACAAAUGUAACCUCUGUGACACCAACUGGAGAUAUCAUGGAGAUAGGUGCUAUGGUUUCUUCAGACACAAUCUGACAUGGGCAGAGAGUAAACGAUAUUGUGCUGAACGGAAUGCCACUCUUCCGAAGAUAUUCCACCAGGAUACUUUGGAUUUCAUCAAAGGAAGAACUUCUUUUAUUCGAUGGAUUGGACUGUCCCGUAGAAACUCUGAUGGGAUCUGGAUUUGGGAAGAUGGUUCACGCCUCUCUGAGAAUGUGUUUAAGCUUUUAGGAAAUGAAGAAGAUCAGCAUUGUGCUUACUUCCACAAGGGAAAAAUUUAUACUUCACUCUGUGAGGACACACAUUACUUAAUUUGUGAGCAGAAGACCAACACAGUGAGGAUAGAUGAACUGAUUUAAUGUACUGGAAAAACAAAUGGAGAAGAAUGAAACGUCAACGAUAAGCAGCUUAUUGAUGAUGGCAAGUGAGAAAUUCCUCAAAAGAAAGAAAAGACUAUGCCUCUUGGCUUUAACGCAUACACAGACACAGACACAGACACAGACACAGAUACAGGUACACACACACACACACACACACACACACACACACACACACACACAUGCACUUUUGACUUAUCAUCUUCCUGUACCCAUACACACCCUAACUUUAGCCUUCUUACCCAAAUUUUUUUGUGUUUGUUUUCUUGUUUUGCACAUAAGCCCUAUUCUUGGCCUAUUGACUUUUGUUUUUUCAAACUUGAGUGUUUCUCACUACUUUCUCAAUCAUCAUCAUACGUAAAUAAAUCAGGGCAGGAA